AUGACCUCGCUGCACCAGCCCCCAGCGCCUGCCAUCCUCAACACUUUUGCAGAGCCCGCAGAGCUCGAGGAGGCUCUCGCCCAGUUUGUCGUCCGCGCACAGCGCGAUGCCAUCGACAAGAAGGGCCGCUUCACUCUCGCCAUCUCAGGGGGCUCCCUACCGAAGCAGCUCGGCCGGCUUGUGGGAAACCCCAACGUCAAGUGGGACAAGUGGCAAGUCUUCUACGCCGACGAACGCGCCGUACCCCUCGACCACCCCGACUCGAACCACAGACUCUGCACCGACGAGCUCUGGUCCAAAGUCCCCCUCCCCUUCUCGCACAUCCACGCCAUCGACGCCGACCUCCUCCCACAACUAAGCACCCCCGACAAAUCCACAGACGACGCCCUCGACGAGCUCGCAGACGCCUACGAAUCGCAGCUCAUCGCCGAAUUCGCACAAAAAGACAGCGCCCGCUUCCCCGUCUUCGACCUCCUCCUCCUCGGCCUCGGCCCCGACGGCCACACCUGCUCCCUCUUCCCCGGGCACGCCCUUCUCGCAGAGGAAGACCGCUGGGUCGCGUGGAUCAAGGACUCGCCCAAGCCCCCCGCGGCGCGCAUCACGUUCACCUUCCCCGUCAUCAACCACGCAGCGCGCGUCGCGUUCGUCGCCGCCGGCGCGAGCAAGGCCGACACGCUCGCUGCCGUCCUCGAUCACCCCGAGGACGGCCUGCCCGCGAGCCGCGUGCGCCCCGCGCAUCCGGGCCAGGUCUUCUGGUUCGUCGACGAGGCCGCCGCGCAAAAGGUCCAGUACCCGCGGUCCGAGUUCAAGCUGUAA